AUGGCCGCUCAGUCCAAGAUACUCCCACCCGAGCGCUCCAUCCGGCAGCUCCUCUCCAGCCUCACCUCGCUCUACCUCCGCCACCGCAAGAACAUCUCCCGCGUUGUCUACCUCUCCCUCUUCGCCGCCCUCGUCAAGCGCAUCCACAAUGCCAUCUCCGAACAGAAAGCUGCGUCCCGCUCGCAGGUGGAGCUGCGCAAGCGGCCCGGCACCAGCAGCUUGGGCGAGAGCGACGACCCGCCCCGGAAGAAGGUUGAGGUGAACCGGGAGUUUUUUCGGAAUUUGCUGCGCUUGCUGAAAAUCGUGAUCCCCGGGUGGAAAAGUAAGGAGUUCCGGCUGCUGAUCGGGCAUAGUGUUUUCCUGGUGCUGCGGACGAUCCUCAGUCUGUAUGUGGCGGAGCUGGAUGGGCGGUUGGUCAGUAACUUGGUGCGCGGCAAGGGGAAGGAUUUCCUGUUGGGUCUGGUGUGGUGGAUGAUUGUUGCGGUGCCGGCGACGUUUACGAACUCCAUGCUCUCUUACCACCAGUGCAAGCUUGCGCUGAGUUACCGAAAGCGUCUCACGGAUUAUAUUCACGACAAGUACCUGAGCAACAUGACGUUCUAUGCGAUUUCGGCCUUGGACGACCGGGUCAAGAAUCCCGACCAGCUGAUCACGGUGGAUGUCUCUCGCUUCUCCGACAGCUUAGCGGAACUGUAUUCGAACCUGGCGAAGCCGAUACUUGACAUGGCGAUCUACAACUACUCACUGUCGAAGAGCGUGGGAGGCGAAGGCCUGUUCAUCAUGAGUCUUUUGGUGCAGCUGUCUGCAAAUGUCAUGCGCGCACUGACACCGCCAUUUGGCAAAUAUGUCGCCGACGAGGCGCGCCUGGAGGGCGAAUUCCGAUUCCUUCACUCUAGACUAAUUGAUUACAGCGAGGAAGUUGCCCUCUACCAUGGCCAUGAGGCUGAGAAGGAUACCCUGGAUAAGGGGUACUUCACACUGAUCAAACACGUGAACCGCAUCCUACGACGGCGGCUUUAUCACGGUUUCAUGGAGGACUUCGUCAUCAAGUAUUUCUGGGGAGCUCUGGGGUUGAUCUUGUGUAGUAUGCCCGUUUUCUUCCGGAUCCCUGGCCAAAUCACGCAGACCAUGGGAGACCGUACCGAGAGUUUCGUCACCAAUCGCCGCAUGUUGCUGUCCUCGUCCGAUGCCUUCGGCCGUCUUAUGUUCUCCUACAAGGAAAUUUCCGAGCUCGCCGGCCACACCGCACGGGUCUCAUCGCUUCUGGAGGUCAUGGACGACCUGCAAGCCGGACGGUUUGAGAAGAAGCUCGUCUCCUCCGCAUCGACCGAGGAGAACGCCGCCGUGCUCUCUGGCCGCGGCCAGGUGGAAGAAAGCGACUCGAUUGAAUUUACCGAUGUCCCAAUCGUCUCGCCAAACGGCGACGUCCUCGUCCGGAAGCUCUCCUUUACCGUGCACCCCGGCGACCACCUCCUGAUCGUCGGCCCCAACGGCUGCGGCAAAUCCUCCCUCUUCCGCAUCCUCGGGGGCCUGUGGCCCGUCUACGGCGGCAAGGUGAAAAAGCCCCGCUUCGACGACAUCUUCUACAUCCCGCAGCGGCCGUACCUCUCCCGCGGUACCCUGCGCCAGCAGCUCAUCUACCCGGACGGGCUGCGUGAGAUGCGCGCCAAGGGCAUCACGGAUGCCGACCUCUUCGAGAUCCUCUCGAUCGUCGAGAUUGCCGCCGUCGUCGACCGGCCCGGCGGCUGGGACGCGGAAGAGGAGUGGCGCGACGUCCUCUCUGGCGGUCUGCAGCAGCGCAUCGCCAUGGCCCGCCUCUUCUACCACCGGCCCCGUUUCGCCAUCCUCGACGAGUGCACCUCCUCCGUCACCCUCGAGAUCGAGCGUGUCAUGUACGAGACCGCAAAGAAACUCGGCACCACCCUCAUGACCGUCUCCCACCGCCGCAGUCUCUGGAAAUACCACAAGAAGAUCCUGCAGUUUGACGGCCAGGGCGGCUACAUCUUCACCGGUCUAGACUGGGAGCGACGACUGGAGCUGGAAGAUGAGAAAGAAGAAUUAGAUCUCCACCUCCGAGCCGUGCCGGAGUUACAACGCCGUCUGGCUGAGUUGACCGCGUCUUAG